AUGUUCGACAACACGCCAUCUCCAUCUUCUUCGCCCACCAUCAUCACUCGACGAGAUAUGCGGGCCAUCACGUUCUCCGCAGCAACUGUGGCCGCAUUCGGUCGCUUCGUGAGUCGCGACUCGCAACAAGCUCUUCCAGGGUCUCUUUGUUUAGGUAUUGUUCCAGGUUGUCUGCAUCAGCCUCAACCGACCCAUGCGCAAACGCCAAGAAAGUCUUUCGAAGUGUACCGGGAAGAUGACAUUCAUCAAGCGUUCCAACCUGGGUCUAACACGACUGAUCUAUCYCUAAAAGACAGACGCUCGCAGAUGUUGGUCUUUAUCUUAUUACCAUUCGUGCGAGCAAAAUCGAUGUCGAUGACUUUCAGGCUGGCAUGUCAUGCUUGA